AUGUCGACUACUGAUGAGUCGGGCGCUCGACCUGUCUACCGGGUAUACAAACGUCGCUUCUGGGGUCUGGCUCAACUGGUACUGCUGAACAUCGUCUGGCUGACGUUCUCCUCCAUCUCCACGACUGCGGCGGAGUACUUCGAUGUCUCGGAAAGCGCAAUCAAUUGGAUGAGCACUGGUUACCUCUUCGCCUUUGGUGUCGUGAGCCCUCUGGUCAUUUGGAUUUUAAACAAAGGCGGCCCCAAGCCCGCCAUUGUAAUCACCGCCAGUCUUCUCCUGGUGGGGAACUGGCUUCGAUAUGCAGGCACGCGAGCAAAUGGGGGCAUAUUUGGCCUGGCGAUGUUCGGGCAAAUCCUGAUUGGAUUUGCGCAGCCCUUCUGUCUCUGUGCGCCAACACGUUACAGCGAGCUCUGGUUCUCCGACCGAGGUCGAACAAGCGCAACAGCUGUCGCAAGUCUGGCGAAUCCACUUGGCGCAGCGCUGGGUCAACUCGUUGAUGCCGAAUGGGCCUCCAAGCCAUCCGAUAUCCCAAACAUGGUCCUGUACAUCUCCAUUAUAGUAUGUGGGACCAAACACACUCAAUACACACCUCACCUCCCUCAUACUAACCAACCCCAGUCCAGCGUCGCAGCCAUCCCAUCAUUCUUCCUCCCGGCCUCUCCACCAACACCAGCAAGUGCCUCAUCAGCAGAGCCACACACGCCCCUCGGCGUCGCCGUGCGCCAACUAACCACGACCUGGGAAUUCUGGCAAAUCCUGAUCCCCUUCGCGGUAUACGUAGGGUUCUUCAACAGCGUAUCAUCUCUCCUCAACCAAAUCCUAAGCCCAUACAACUUCAGCGAAACAGAAGCCGGCAUCGCAGGCGCAAUCCUCAUCGUCGUCGGCCUGGUAACAGCCGCAGUCAUCGCCCCAAUCACAGACCGCUACAAGCACUACCUCGGCAGCAUCCGCGUGCUAGUCCCCAUCGUAGCAGCGACAUAUAUAGGGCUGAUAUUCUCCCCGUCCAGCGCAGCAGGUAUCGCACCUUCCUAUGUCGUGAUGGCUCUGCUGGGCGCUUCCUCUUUCGCUCUCCUCCCUGUUGUUCUGGAGUAUCUGGCUGAAAUCACGUAUCCGCUUUCUCCAGAGAUUGGAAGCACCAUCUGCUGGACGGGUGGGCAGUUGCUUGGGGCGUGCUUUAUUUUGAUUCAGGAUGCGCUGAAGGCUGGGGAUGAUGCUCGUCCGCCUGGGAAUAUGCGGAACUCCCUGAUCUUUGCGGCUGUUGUUGCGGGUGUGGCGGCGCCGUUUGCUCUUACCAUUGGCCUGUUUAGGGUUGUGCAGAGGCGCAGGUUGGAGGUUGAUCGUGGUGUGGAGUUGGAGCAGGUUUCUUUCGUUGAUGAUCAGGUUAAAAAGGUUGCUUCUGGGGGUGAUACUGAGACUCUGAUCAAGUCUUAG